UCUUCCAGGGUACCUCGUCUCGGAGGGAGUACAUCGCCACCCAGGGUCCUCUACCCGGGACUAAAGAUGAUUUCUGGAAGAUGGUUUGGGAGCAGAAUGUUCACAACGUGGUGAUGGUGACUCAGUGUGUGGAGAAAGGCAGGGUGAAGUGUGAUCAUUACUGGCCCUUGGACCAGGACCCGCUGUACUACGGAGACCUGAUCGUCAGGAUGGUGUCAGAGUCCGUUCUACCUGAGUGGACCAUACGAGAGUUCAACAUCUGCAGCGAGGAACAUCUGGCCUUCUCUCGUCUAGUCCGUCAGUUUCACUACACCGUGUGGCCGGAUCACGGCGUCCCAGAGACCACGCAGUCCCUGAUCCAGUUUGUCCGUACUGUCAGGGACUAUGUCAACAGGACUCCUGGAUCUGGACCCACCGUGGUCCACUGCAGCGCCGGCGUGGGUCGGACAGGAACCUUCAUCGUCCUGGAUCGAGUCCUCCAGCAGAUCGACAGUAAAGACACGGUGGACGUCUACGGCUCAGUGUUUGACCUGAGGCUGCACCGCUCACACAUGGUGCAGACAGAGGGUCAGUAUUCUUACCUCCAUCAGUGUGUACGGGAUGUUCUCCGAGCCAGGAAGCUGCGCAGCGAGCAAGAGCUCCUCCUCUGUCCCAUCUAUGAGAAUGUGAACUUCAGCUCCCAGAACUACAGCUCCCAGAACUACAGCUCCCAGAACUACAGCUCCCAGAACUACAGCUCCCAGAGAGAGAUGCUGGGCAGCAGACGGUAAAGGUUUCACUGAUCACUGCAGGGAACGUGAAGUUUUAUUUUUGUACUAAUGUUUAUAUUUCAGACAAACUUUAUGAUUAUUUAUAUGAUGAUCUGAGAGCCUGUACAUAAACCUCUAUCUCUGUAUAUACUCCCCUUUAGAGGAUGCUCUAUCAGUUACUCUACAGGCUCCUGUAUCUCUGAUGCUGCAGCCAUGAGGAUGAUGAUGAUGAUGAUGAUGACGAUGAUGAUGAUGACUGUUCAUGUAUUGAUCCAUGAUAAAGGAUUUCUGAUCA